AUGUCGAACUCGAAGAAAAUCGUGGUGAAGCUGGACUUGCAUGACAACAAGGACAAGCAGAAGGCGCUCAAGGCCGUCUCCGUGCUCGUCGGCAUCGACGCCAUAUCGGUGGACAUGGCGGCGCACAAGAUGACGGUGAUCGGGACGGUGGACCCGGUGCAGGUGGUGAGCAAGCUGCGCAGCAAGUCCUGGGCGGCGCACCUCGACUCCAUCGGCCCCGCCAAGGAGCCCGAGAAGAAGGAGGAGAAGAAAGAGGAGAAGAAGGAAGGCGGCGGCGACGACAAGAAGGACGGUGGCGGCGACGGCAAGAAGGAGGAAGGGGACGGGAAGAAGGACGGCGAAGGCAAGAAGGAGGAAGGCGACGGGAAGAAGGAGGAAGGCGACGGCAAGAAGGACGGCGAGGGAAAGAAGGAGGACGGCGAGGGCAACAAGGAGGAGGACGGCAAGAAGGACGACAAGAAGGAGGAAGGGGAGAAGAAGCCCGCCGCGGUGGCCCCUCCAUGGAUGCACCAGCUGCCGCCGCAGUACAUGCACAUGCUCACCGCGGACUACAUGAACCAGUACCGCCCCCCGCCGCCGGUGGCGUACCACCACCCGUACGCGGCGGCGCCGACGCCGCCACAGUACUACUACGUGCGCAACAUGAGCAUGGAGGAGAACCCCAACUCCUGCGCCAUAUUGUGA